AGCAUAUCCCCGCCCCCUUUCCUGUCCGUCCCGACCGGCAGCAGUUGGGUCUCCCCAUCUCUCCUCAACUUCCCCGGUCUUCGGCCCGAGCUGUAUGAGGCAGAAACUCGUCCCACGUACGGUUCGGAGGCCGAGCCCCACCCCUGCAAUAAUGGUGCGGCUUAGGUCAACUAAUACGAAUAAGAUACAGUUCACUCAACGAUUGCCCUUGGGUCCCGAACUCCAUAUGGGGAAGGAACGUUGUUGUUUGCGAGGUCUCGAUCAUUUACAUGGACCCACUUCUCAUUCCAUUUGUGGGAAUUUGAUGAUUUAUAAACCGUCCCCAACGAGCGAAAGGUUCAUGUUUGAACAUGAUGAAUCACUUCGUGCCGACCUGUUGCCCAUAAACUUUCCUGCCUCAUAUGAGAAUGGAAAACUGGAAGAUUUUCUGCAUCGGUGGAUGAAGAAUCACGAACAUAAGAAUUUCUGGUUUAGCAUGUUCCCAGAAAGAAGAUACUUUUUUUCCAUUCGAGAAACGAGGAGCACGACUGAAGUGGCUAUACAUACAAAUCCAUUUACGGAUCUAUAUGCUCCGAUUGGAACUGGAAGUUCCAGAACUGGCGGCUGGUAUACCACCAUAAUGAAAUUGCCUUUUAUUUUUAGUAUUCGGAUAGGAUUUCUGUUGGCUUCAUCGGGAGGCUCGCGUAGUUUGUUACGUCAACUCCAAAAGGAUAAGUUGCAUUAG